AUGGAAGGUCUUUGGAUUAUUACUGUAGCCCUGACCGUGGCAGUGGUGCUACUUGAAAACGUGUGGCGACGGCGGUUGGACAAGGAUUCAAAGGUGAUAAAAUGGCCUGCUGGGCCACGGCCACUGCCAAUCAUCGGGAACCUACACCAACUCUACAAAGGAGGUGACUUGCUACAUGUCACCUUGGCUAACAUUGCCCAAGUGCAUGGGCGAAUCAUGACUGUUUGGCUCGGGAGCUCCCGGCCUACCAUUGUGGUGAGCGAUCAUGAGCUAGCUUGGGAGGUGCUGGUGAGCAAGGCUCCGGACUAUGCUGCACGGAUGCUCCCAUACAUGUCGAAAUUUGUUACUGCCAAUUGGCGCACGCUCGCCACCUCUGACUCGGGUUCCUACUGGCAGGCUCUUCGCAAGGGCCUCCAGAGUUGUGCCCUCAAUCCACCCAACAUCUCAGCACAGAUCCACUUGCAGGAGAAAGACAUGGCCCACAUGAUCCAGAGCCUCCAAGAGGAAGCGUCCAUGAGUGGAGUAGUCAAGCCGCUGCUCCAGCUUCGGCGGACCACGGUGCGGCUUGUCGGCCGCCUUUGUUUCGGCCCUGAAUUCAAAGAUGAAGUGUUUGUUGAAGGCAUGGAUAGUGCGGUUGAGGACACCAUCAGGCUUACUGGCCAUAUACGGCUGGUCGAUGUAUUUGCAUUCACUCGACAUAUCCCAGGCCUUAAGCUUCCCUUCCAACAAACAUACGAAGUGAAGCAUAGGAUCGAAGAACUGAUCCGUCCUUACAUCUCUAGCCAUCAAUCAUCUGACUCACCUUGUCCAAAUUGCUACUUGCACUUCCUCCUCUCCCAGGACUUGCCAGAGCAAGUUGUCAUCUUUAAUAUAUUUGAACUGUUCUUGCUUGGAGUCGAUAGCACGUCGACUGCUACUGCAUGGGCGCUUGCUUUCUUGAUAAGAGACCCAGCAAUCCAACAAAAGCUCUAUGAGGAGAUCAAUGAAAGUGGGACGGAGAAUACAGUGAGUGUACAGGCUGUGAGUAAGAUGCAGUAUCUUCAUGCUGUAGUGAAGGAAUCGAUGAGAAUGAAACCGAUAGCGCCACUUGCAGUGCCGCACAAGGCGGUCAAGGACAGCACAUUGAUGGGUACCAAAGUAAUGGAAGGGACAUCUGUUCUGGUGAACCUUUACGCUGUACUGUAUGACCCAAAUGUGUGGCACGAACCCCAUCGGUUCAUGCCGGAGCGGUUCUUGCAUCCUUUGAAAGAUGGGAGUGGAAAUGAUGGCAGCAAUGCUGCUGCUCAUCUUCUAAGAGCCAUGGAGAGGUCUUUUCUCCCAUUUGGGGCGGGUAGGCGGAUCUGUGCUGGAAUAGAGCUUGCAAAGAUCCAUAUUGCACUCACCUUGGCCAAUUUGGUGAAGAAUUUCGAAUGGCAUUGCGAAUUCGAAGGGCAACUCCCUGAUCUGACCGAGGAUCUAACAUUUGUUCUUCGGAUGAAAACGCCUCUCGCGGCAUGCAUCAAACCCCGCCAUCUUUGA